GCGGGCUUUGUUUUGAUAUGGCGGCAGGCUUCGAAACUUCUGCCUGUUAUGUUUGUAUUCUACACACUUUCCCUCCAGGAAGACUGAUUUUCUCCGGUUUUACGGCAAACCCUGCUUGAAACAACCGCCGUCAUCAUGUCAUCCCCAGCCGGGCUUCAUUAUUCCCAGGCAGACUUCUUAGCCCGGUGGAUGCCAAGUAGCACCAGAGCCGGGGUGAUCCUCAACCCCUCCCCAGACUUGGGUGUUCCCUUGCGGCACGUCUCUGCCGCGGGAUCCCCUCCCCUGAAGCCAGACGACUCGUUCGCCUCAGACUUUGCCCCCUUGCCUGCCUCUGCAGAUAGCAGCUGCCUCGACGUGGAUGGGCUUGCACAGUCGCUUGGAGAGGAAAGGGCUGUAGGUGACAGGCCGGUGAACGGUCUAGUCUCUGUCCCGACGACAAAUGCAAACGGACAGCUGGACAGUUUGGAUGAGAUAACACGGAAAUCUCAGGAUCUGCCUCUUAGAAUGAAGCUAGAACAGUUGAGGAAGUGGCAGCAGCAUAUGCAGGAGCAGCUAAAAGCUCAUCAGUUGGAGGAGCUGCUUCAUCUUCAGGAGGAGCAGCAGAGGCUACUGGGAAUUAUGAAUGGAUCCCAGCACUGCACGGGAGAAUAUGCAGAGAGCUCGGGGGCGUCAGGAGCAGAAUGGGGAGAGGAAACUCUCCACAGGGCUUCUCAUAACAGAGAGAUUUUAAACAGCUCUGGUAUGGACCACCGUGGAGUCUCAUGGGGCUUCCAACCAGAACAACAGCCUGGAGAUGAACAGGAGCAGCUACUUAAUAAACAUCACGAUUACGUAGAGGUUGAAGAUGAAGAAGAAGAUGUGUGGAACUCCAGAGAAGAUGAUCAGAAGCAGAGUGUUGAUAACAGCCAUUUUCCUGGGAAUGAUGGUGUGUUAAUGCAACAUAAUGGUGAAGUCUUCCUUGACAGACCUAUCAGACCAGGUAUUGGGGGACAGAAGCAGACAUUUGAGGAGUUGUUGGAGGAGCAGCUGAGGCUGGAGGAGCAGAGGCUGAAAUCUGUCCAGCAGCAAAAGAGCCACGAUGAAGCUGCGCAGGCUCCUCCCAAGAGAGCCUUUCUGAAGCGAGGCGAGGGGCUUUCUCGUUUCACCAGCAAUCACAAGGCUUCGUUACAUAAAACGGAGAUGAAAAAUGAUCCCAAACCACAACCCCGAGCCAAAUUGAUUUCCCGCAGUAACUCUGAACCUGCAUCUAUCCAGAAAAGUAGUGCAAACGGUAUCCCGCGGCUUCCUGUCCAGCGAAAAACUGCUACGCUCAACAAGGAAAACAGACUAAGGGGACUUGGUUCGCCACCUCAGGAUAUCAGAGCAGAGAGUAAAGCAGCACGAACAAAGGUUCUGGGGAGUCAUCAAAGACAAAACACAGAAGGAACGGAGUCUAUCCAGACCGUCCCAGAUAUCAGACAACCCAAACAACAUCUAUUGGUGCAAGGAAAGGAGCAGAAUAACAAAGUGGGUCUUUCUGUUCAGACCACAAGGAACUUUUUCCACAACGUGCAGCCAAACCCUGUAACCAAACAACUGGGCACAUUAGAAGGUCCAGUAAAGGUUGAAGCUGAUGCCACUAAAGAGAAAAGUUGCAGUUCAAAAGUGGAAAUGACAGAAGGAAGAGCGGGAACUGAAGCAGGAGAUGGAGCUCCACAGGAUUCUUUUGAGCUAUCUUUCCAGGAGAAGCUCCGUCACUGGGAAUGUGACCAACAGCUGGAAAACAUGGAGCUGGGAGAGUUUGAGCUGCUGGAACAAGCUGCUGAAGAGCUGUCGUUCUCAUCCAACUCCUCGUUUGUCACGAAGGUUCUUCAGAUGGACCAGCAGCACCGGCAGCUGCAGGCAGCCAGGGGGCGCCACCAACGACGGCUUUCCUCCACCCCCAUUAAGUCCCCUCCUAGAGAUGCACUUCGCUGGUGCAGCAGUGUCGGAUCUAGUAAAAACAGCUCUGCGAUCUCUGAGGGAUUCGUGGAGAAGAUAAGAGAUGAUGCACUGAAGAACAAAGUGAGCACUGAGGGCAAGGAGGAACAGGACAGUGAGAGAGAAGACAAACAUGAGAUCUCUGACCCGUCAUCCUGCAGUGGCUCUGAAUUUGGAGACCAGGCAGUCGUGGUCAAAAGCACCUGUUGCUUCCCCGCACCAUCCAACCCGCCAUAUGACAAACGAUCUUAUCAAGAUGAGGACAGUUUCAGGGAUUCAGCUUCAGAUGGGGCACAAGAAGAGGAUCAGCAGAGUGACAUGAGCAAUGAUGACUCCACUCUGAUUGAGGACAAAGACAACCAGCCAAGGAGAGUUGUGUUUGAUGACGACGACACGUGGAAUGACUUGGAGGAGGAUGCCAUCGGUACAGCCAACGAGAGUAGAGAAGACAGUCCAGUUCCCAAGCCGACAGCCAGUAGAAUUUCACCACCGGAGAAAACUCUGUUGAGGAAGGUAGCAGUGAGCAAAGUCGUGGAGCUGGAGAAAAGUGCAGUGAACCUGGAGCCUGAUCCUCCUCCUGCCUCCCAGCUCAUGACGAAGUUGUUCCCAUCACUGAAACCAAAAACUCAGAAUACACCUGGUCCUCCUCCGUCUGCUGCUUCUGAGCCCAGAAAGCCAGAGGAGGAAUCAGUCCAACAGGUCCAGUCCAGACAGCUCCGGGAGAGACUGGUGGAGCUGGAGAUUGAGAUCGAGAGAUUUAAGAAGGAGAACGCUGCACUCAUUAAACUCCGGCAGGAGAAUGAGAAGAAACAGGAGAAUCUGAGGAAGGAGUGUUUGGAGUUUGAACAGACAAAAGCCGAGGAGCUGUCAAAGUUUGAGGAAUACAAGAAGGAGGAGAACAAGAAGUUGCAAAAGGAACGCAAACUGUUUGAGAAGCACGCGUUAGCCGCCAGAGCCAUGCCUGACAAGAAGGAACGAGAGGAGAUCCAGGUGCUGAAGCAGCAGCUGAGCUCGCUGCAGGAGGAGUUGAGGCGAAGGGAGAGUCGGUGGACGUCGACACACAGCCGACUGCGACAACAGAUCGACUCCCUCAGCCAGGAGAACAGUUCUCUACGGGACGAGAUCCGUGUGUUGGAAAAGCUGCGCCUCACCACCUUUAAGAAAAACCCUGUCACUGCACCCAAGGACACAGAAACAAAAGAGGGUCCCAAAAUAUCUGAGAACAGCACGUCAUCUGGGUCCAAAGGAGUCACAUUUGCUAGUCCUCUUGACUCCAGAGGAAGUAGCAGCAUCAACCCUCCACAGAGCAGCACUGCAGCAGCCUUGAGAAGGAACUCCAGGGAGGGCAGUCAGGGCGCUGCAGGGAUGAAGAGCAGCCUGAGGAGGCCAUCGGCUCCAAGCGCCUUCUCUUUCUCCUCAUCCUCUUCAUCCUCCUCGCUGCCUGGCAGGAGGACAGAGGACAGGUCAGCAGCUGCCGGCAAGAGCCAAGAAAAAUCACCAAACCAGGAACACUUGAACAGCUGCUCUCCGAAAAGAGAUUCUCCGCCAAAAGAAGCAGAGUGCAGUGAAGCCAAAGAGCCAGAAUUAUCCCAGGAGGUUAUAAGACACUCUGAUGGCAAGAUAGAGAAGGUGCUGGUCAGCGGCGAUCGACUUAUCGUCUUCCCCAACGGGACGAGGAAGGAGGUAUCAGCAGACGGACUGACGGUGAAGGUCACCUUCUUCAACGGAGACACAAAACAAAUGACAGCCGACCAGAGAGUGAUCUACUACUACGCCGAGUCCCAGACCACACACACCACCUACCCAGACGGGAUGGAGGUCCUGCACUUCUCCAACAACCAGACAGAAAAACAUUUCCCAGACGGCCGAAAAGAAAUCACCUUCCCAGACCAGACCGUGAAGAACCUGUUUCCCAACGGCAGGGAGGAGAGCGUGCUGACAGACGGGACCGUCAUCGAGGUGAAACCUGACGGCACCAAAGAAAUCCACUUCAACACAGGCCAGAAGGAGAUCCACACGGCCGAUUUCAAGAGACGGGAGUAUCCGGACGGAACAGUGAAGACAGUCUACAGCGACGGCCGGCAAGAAACCCGCUACCCAACUGGACGAGUCAGGAUCAAAGAUAAAGAUGGGAACGUCAUCCUGGACAACGGGGCGUAGAAACACGGUGCAUCAAAAAGACUUCAAAAGAUUACUUCAGGUCCCUGGACACAAGUAAAGGCUCCAGGAGGUCAGAGAGGAGGCCAGAGGUUGAGCUGCUGGUCAUUUUUUUCAAGGAGAAUGACCCUUAUUUAGGUGAUAAGUUUGAAACUGGAGAGCAUUUGAGGGGCUGUUUGGUUUGUUUACAGCCUUAAUGCUAAGCAGCUGCUGGUUGGAGCUGAAUAUGUAGCACAAAAAACACAAUAGUGGUGGCAGGAAUAUACAUUAUUUUCCAAUAUGUGAAAUUGGUUCUGAAACACUUUAGCGCAGCUGGUUGAACAUAUCAUUUGGAGCAUUUUUUAAUAACUUUUUUCUAUUUGAAAUUGUUUGGCAGAUGAUGGCAACAUUACAUGCAUCAACGGUGUCCUUAUUUCCUUACAUUAACACGCAUUAGCUUUACUUUAUAGCUCCUAAGAUGCUUUCACUACUUCUUUCUAUAUGUAGUGGUCCUUUUAGAAAGAAGCUCCCCUCUUUUUAAAACAUUUAUUCUAAUUGUCUGACAAGCGUUGAAAGUGUUUCAUUCCCCAUAAAACACCUACAAAGUUGGUUUUUUAAUAUGUUUUGAUUUCUGCAUUAUUUUCCUCCAUGCUUAUUUGUUUGGGGUUUUUUAUUUUUGGGUUGUCACAAAGCACUGAAGUUAAGAAAAAAGCACAUGCAUGGAAGUAAACAAUGCAGGUUUAACACAUUCAAGGAAAUCUUUUGUUGUUUUUUUUGCAGAUGUUUUGUACAGAAGGAAAGCCAUGCACUAUAUUUGGUGAGCCUCAAGGUUUCACACAAUGUUCUCAACAGGAACUUUGCAAACAAAUGUCUCAGGUACCUUUUAGCGUUGCACUGUUUCAAAAAUUUGUCUUUAAAGUUAUUUUUGCAGAGAAAUCCUUCUCAAGUCUUAGAAGACGGUCUUUGUUCCAGGAUAUUUCUGGCUCAUGAUCCAAACUAUCAAAUUCCACUCAGUUAUAUACAUCUAAAUUUAUUAACAUUAAAAUACUUUGACUCAUCAGGCUUGAGGAUAAUGAAAUGCUGAGCAGGAAAAAUAUCAGCUGUUGUUUGAAACUGCUUCAUUGUGGUGUGUAUGAAGUGUUCAUCUGAAACAUUUUCAAUUUGUAAAAAUGUUAAAUACUAUUUAUUUUCUUAGUUGUAUAUGUUUUUGUAAAAAAUAAAUUUCAUCUUUUUUAA